GCUACUUGAGUAGAAAGCAAACUGUUGUAAUAGCCGAUCCAAAAUUUAGCUCAAUUUUAAAGCCACCUAAUCUCCGGCGAAUAUUCCGUCGAGAUACAACAUCGCCGAUCUGUAUUUAUAUUAAUGUUUGGUUCUGCAGUUUUGAACCACUGUUCUGUCCUUGAAUUGGAGGCUGUCGUGAUCUUAUAUUUGAUGAGUUAUGCUCAAUGGAAACAACCAUUUCAGUAGUAUAUCAAGCUUAGUUCAGCUUAGCUGAACUUGUCAUGAUAUAAGGCAGAGUUUGAGAAAGUUUGGUUCGAAGAACAUAUUUGCUAAAUUAUAAGAGAAAUUCAAUAUGGGGGCUUCUGAAGAGAACAGCGCACUUUUCCCCAUUUUUGUCUUGACUUUAAUGGCUCUGCCAUUAGUUCCUUACACUAUAGUCAAUUUAUUUGGUGCUUUCAAGAAGAAGGCUGCCAAAAUCAACUGCCAGUGUUCGGUUUGCGUUCGAUCUGGGAAGUAUCACAAAUCCAUAUUCAGGCGGAUUUCAAACUUCUCAACAUACAGUAAUCUGACCCUCGUACUGUUGUGGGUCGUCAUGGCUGUUCUUGUUUAUUACAUCAAGCAUAUCAGCACUGAGGUUGAAAUAUUUGAGCCAUUCAGUAUUCUUGGACUGGAACAUGGAGCUUCAGACUCUGAAAUAAAGAAGGCAUAUCGGAGACUUUCCAUUCAGUAUCAUCCCGAUAAAAAUCCAGAUCCAGAGGCACACUCAUACUUCGUUGAAUUCAUCUCAAAGGCUUAUCAGGCUCUGACAGAUCCUGUAUCUAGGGAAAAUUUUGAAAAAUAUGGCCAUCCCGAUGGACGGCAGGGGCUUCAAAUGGGCAUUGCCCUCCCUCAAUUCCUUCUAAACAUUGACGGAGCAUCCGAAGGAAUACUGUUGCUUGGAAUUGUUGGAGUCUGUAUAAUUCUGCCCUUGACAAUUUCUGUUAUAUACUUGUCUAGGUCGUCAAAGUAUACUGGAAACUAUGUCAUGCACUCGACAUUAGCCGCAUAUUACCACUUAAUGAAACCUUCUUUAGCUCCAAGCAAGGUCCUGGAUGUUUUCAUUAAGGCUUCUGAAUUCAUGGAUAUUCCUGUUCGUCGGUCUGACGAAGAACCUCUGCAGAGACUAUUUGUCUUAGUUAGAAGUGAGCUAAAUUUGGAUCUUAAGAAUAUUCGGCAAGAACAGGCUAAGUUUUGGAAGCAGCAUCCUGCUUUAGUAAAGACUGAAUUGUUGCUUCAAGCCCAAUUGACACGUGAGACGGCAGCCUUGUCUCCAACUUUACAGCGUGAUUUCAAACGCGUGCUUGAACUCGCACCUCGGCUUCUGGAAGAAUUGAUGAAGAUGGCUAUUAUUCCACGCCCUCCCAUGGGGCAUGGAUGGCUAAGACCUGCAAUAGGAGUGGUGGAACUGUCUCAGAGUGUUGUUCAGGCAGUACCUCUCAGCGCAAGGAAAGCAGCAGGUGCAUCCAGUGAAGGGUAUGCACCAUUUUUGCAGCUGCCACACUUUAGCGAGGCUGUUGUUAAAAAGAUUGCGAGAAAGAAAGUUCGGACAUUUCAAGACUUCCGUGACAUGACACCGGACGAACGUGCAGAUCUGCUGACUCAGGUUGCUGGGUUCUCCAGUGCUGAAUCCUACGAUGUGGAGAUGGUUCUUGAGAUGAUGCCUUCGGUGACAAUUGAUAUCACAUGCGAGACAGAGGGUGAGGAAGGAAUUCAAGAGGGUGACAUUGUUACCAUGCAUGCUUGGGUCACUAUAAACCGUGGUAGUGGCUUGAUACGUGCCCUUCCACAUUGUCCGUAUUUCCCUUUUGACAAAGAAGAGAAUUUCUGGCUGAUGCUUGCGGACUCAUUUUCGAAUGAUGUGUGGCUCUCUCAGAAGGUUAGCUUCAUGGAUGACGCUACAGCAAUAAUUGCUGUAUCGAAAACGAUCCAGGAGUCAAAGGAAGGGUCUGGUGCAAGUGCUAGGGAAAUAAAUGUUGCCGUUAAAGAAGCACUCGAGAAAGUGAAAAAUGGUUCGAGGCUGGUAAUGGGGAAGUUCCAAGCUCCAGCUGAGGGAAAUUAUAACUUGAGCUCUUUCUGCUUAUGUGACUCUUGGAUUGGUUGUGAUGCAAAGUCGAAUAUAAAGUUGAAGGUUAUGAAACGCAGCAGAGCUGGAACAAGAGGUGGUUUCGCAGCAGAUGAGACUCCUGCCAUGGAGGAUGGAAUUGAGGAGGACGAGGAAGAAGAAGAAGAUGAUUACGAUGAUUAUGAAAGUGAAUACAGUGAAGAUGAAGAAGAUACAAAGGAAACAAAGAGUAAAGGAGCUGUGGCAAAUGGCUCGGCCCAUAAUAAGGGCACCGGUUCAAGCUCUGAUGAAUCUGGUUCAGAAGCCGACUAACUUCCUUUCUUGGCUAGUUAUUUGAUGAAUCUGGUUCAGAAGCCGACUAACUUCCUUUCUUGGCUAGUUAUUUGUUCUCCUAAUUUCCCCGUUCGCAUGAUGUUCGAAUUUUGUGGGGAGAAGAGAAGAGGAAACCUGCGAGAAAAUAUCCUUUCACUCCAAAUGUUUGGGGAGCUGGGGUGGGGGAGGGGGCAGGUAAGAAGAGUAUUUAAUAGUUUUUCUUUUUUCUGUUAUGACUAUAUAUCUCAGUUAAAUCACUUUGGAUUAUCUUUCUACAGUUGAUAUACCCGUUAGUACUGUUAUUUUUUCACGAAUAAAACAUUUCAUAGAUGAGUGCUUUUUAGAGCUUAAAUUAGUCUUUUUUUGUCCGACUAGAUGGUUCUUGUCUUUUUAAUAUUCAUGUUUGCUUUCUUUGUACCUCAAAUACUUUAUUCCCCCAUCAGUACCAUUCAUCUUAAAUUUGUCAGCACGAGGUUGCGAUCUGGCAAAGCAUGUUGCUGGUGAAGCAAUCACUGUGGCUUUCA